CUACCUUCUCCGCCACGCCAACAGCCACCUUGCCAUCUCCGUUUCUCUCUUCGCCGGAAAUAGGCUUUUCUCGUCGUCGAUCAUGUCCUCCGACCCUAGCUGCACUGUUUAUAUUGGUAAUUUGGAUGAGCGGGUAAGCGAUAGAGUUUUAUAUGAUAUUCUUAUUCAAGCAGGCCGGGUGGUUGAUUUGCACAUUCCUCGAGAUAAGGAAACUGAUAGAUCAAAAGGUUUUGCGUUUGCAGAAUAUGAAACAGAGGAGAUUGCAGAUUAUGCUGUGAGGCUUUUUACUGGCCUCGUGACCCUUUACAACCGAACAUUGAGAUUUGGAGUCUCUGGACAAGACAAGGCCACUCCAAACUUGCAAGCACCAUCCAUGUUCACAUCUAAUUAUCCUUUUAAAUCAAGGCUCCAUGAAGAUGUUGCUAUGAGCCCUUUGCCACGACAUGCACAAGUGGAUGAAGGUUCGGGAUUAAAGACAGAUGAAGAAAAGAUGUCAGUGUAGAUCUUCUGUAUCUUCAAAAGCUGCGUACACGAUCUUUUGGUCACCAUCCAUGAUGAAUAAAUACAAUAAGGAAGUAUAAAUCUCUUCCACGGUGCCUCUAUUCGGGACUAAAAUUACAGUAUGAUUUGCUGAUAAAAGCAUAAGCUGGUCUCAAGAUCUUCGUUUUUUUCGUUAAACUUUUAACUUACUGGUUUCAUAAGUUAGAGGUUUUUAUAAAGACGGG